AUGCGCAUUCUGUCGGCAUUCUUCGCAGUGCUCUUCACCUUCAUCAAUCCGACGAUGAUCGUGAACGUCAUCUCGCAAAUCGAGGCGUUCUUCAACACCAAACUGCCCGAACAUUUGCGAUUCGCCGCCAUGGACGCCAUCGUGCAUCAUCUGAAGGGCAGCGAUCAUCGCAUCAAGGCCUACGUUUAUGGAUGUGGUACGUUGAGGUUUUCGUCGUUUUCUUUCUCACGCCCCCUAAGCUUCGUGGAGCUGAACCUAGUGAACAAAAAAGUUUCAGUGAUUCUGGUAACCCUGCUACACGUGCUGUUCACCUGUCUCUCGUUGUACGGAAUCUACUCGUGUCGGGCAAAGUUUAUGAAGCCGCUGAUUGUAGACAUCAUUACGAGUUCGGUGAGUUCCUAGACCUCAGCAAACCGUCAAUUUUCCUUUUUCAGAUCUUCCUCCUCUUUUUCGUCUUCUUCUCGCUCUUCAUGUACUGGCGCCUGAACACGCUCGGCUCGAUCACCGAAAAGGAGACGACGAAACUGCAACUGCGGAACAUGUACGUCGGCGUCGGCUUUCUCAUCGCCUACGCCAUCUGGGCGAUCGUCACCUGCCUCGCGCAUUCGGACACGAAAAAGUUGCGCGCCGACUUUAUGUACUGGAUCGAGGAGGAGCGAAUGUCGAUGCGAAGUCGGCACAACGUUUCGGUCGACAACCGCUCGGACCGCUCGUCGAAGGGCUCGAAGGCGUCGAGGGCGUCGAAGAGCUCGGCACGAAGUGCAAAGUCCGAAAUGGGCACGAGCACGGAACGGAAGACGCCGCGAGAAGGAGCAUCUUCGAAGGGCGACUACCAGAAAGUGGCGACUAAUUCGUGUAACGCGUCGAUUUGUAAAAAGGUCUCGGUGACGAAUGCCCGGCUGUCGGUGCCUUUGUAG